AUGAACAUUCACAAUUUGGCCUGGUUUUUAUUCGUGUUCCUCAUCAGAAUAUGUAAAAGCAAGCGAUACGACAACUACAGUUUAUUCAACGUCGUCCCCAUGGAGAGGUAUCAGUUGAAAUUCCUCCAGAACCUCGAGAGUCAAAAGUACAUGGACGUGAUGUUUUGGAGAAGACCGUACAAGUUAUUCUCCGAUGUCCAAAUAUUGGUGAAUCCGGUGGAUUUAGCACUCUUCAAGGAGAGAUUGGUACAUUUUGGGAUGACUUCGAGGCUACUGUCGUCAAACAUUCAAAAACAAUUCGAUCAGCAAUUAGUACGAAGGUAUAUGCGACUCCGAGUCGAAUCAUAUACAUGGGAUUACUAUCACUCCCUUGAAGAUGUAUACCAAUGGAUGGCCGAUAUGGCUACGCGAUAUCCCAAAGUAGUUAAAUUAAAAGCAAUCGGCAAAAGUGCUGAAGGCAGAGAAAUACUAGCAAUGAGUAUAAGUAGACCAAAGAACAAAGCGAAAGUAAUCGUUGAAGGAGCGUUACAUGGCAAUGAAUGGAUAACAACAGAAUUUGUUACUUAUUUAGCCAAUGAAUUAAUUAAAGCCGACAGAUCGAAUAACUCAAAAUUGAAACGUGUAGCUAAUAGGUUUCAUUGGUUAUUGAUACCGGUUGCGAAUCCUGACGGAUAUGAUUUUAGUAUGAAAGUUGAUCGCUUGUGGCGUAACAAUAGAAACAUUCAAUCUAACAAUACCGCUGGAGUUGAUUUGAACAGAAAUUUCGACUACAAUUUUUGUUCUCAAGGUGGCAACAAGGACCCAAACAAUGACUUCUACUGUGGUCCAAAUUACUUUUCGGAGCCGGAGUCGAGGGCCCUCGCGAGCUUCGUGGGCCUACACCGGAAGGACCUUAAUUUCUACUUCUCGUUUCACGCUUAUGGACAAAAGUUUUUGAUACCCUACUCGGAUAGGGUGAGGCACGUUGAGAAUUUUUCGGAAAUGGAAAAUUAUGGGAAACAAGCAAUAUUGAAAAUGUAUAAACUGUAUGGAGUCAAAUACGGCGUGGGGACGAUUUACGACACUCUCGGUUAUAGAAUUUCUGGUGACAGCGCAUCUUGGGUGAAAAAGAAUCACAAAGUCAAAUAUGUCAUCACGUUCCUCCUAAGGGACAACGGAACCUUUGGCCAUGCCCUACCCUCAGACCAGAUCCAGGUGACCUGCAAGGAAACGCUAACCGGUCUGGUGGAGCUCAUGACAGCUCGGCAAAUGAAAAUUAAAUUCAUACCCAUAUUUAUUAUAUUCGUGUACACCGUGGCCAGUUCUUUGAAAAAAUACGAGAACUACUCACUCAUACGAGGUAUACCUGUCGAUGAAGCUCAUUUGGAUUUCUUCAAGAAUUUAACUCAAAUGUAUGAUGUUAAUUACUGGAGAUUGCCGGGACAAGUUUACCGGCCUAUUGAAUUUAUUAUAUCUCCAAAGCAUCGAGUGGAUUUCUUACGGCAAGCCAAGUUAAGGGGGGUAUAUUUUGCUACGAUUAUGGACGAUGUUCAAAGAGCACUCGAAAUGCAAACCGUGAAAUCAUAUAUCCGUCGCAACAUGGAGUCCUUUGAUUGGAGCAGUUUCUUCCGCCUAGAUGACAUUUACGAGUGGCUCACAGACUUGGAGACUCAAUACCCGAAGAUAAUGCGGGUUUUUAGUAUUGGAAAAUCUGUGGAAAAUCGGAAGAUACUCGCCGUCAGCAUUACUCAUAAAGGGUCUAAGACGAGGCCCACAGUAAUAGUGGAAGGUGGGAUCCACGCGCGCGAAUGGAUCGCACCAGCAUUUGUCACAUACUUCAUCCAUCAGAUUUUAACAGCACCAGAACAGAAUGGCACCCUGAAAACUGUGGCAUUCAUGUACCAAUGGUACUUUGUACCAAUUUUAAACCCAGAUGGAUAUGAUUAUACUCAUACUACGGAUCGAAUGCAUCGAAAGAACAUGAAUCAUGUUGAUUUGAAUAGAAACUUCGGUAUCGCCUUUGGAACCGUUGGUGUGAGUUCGAAUAAAUUCAGCGAAACGUACUGUGGGCCGAACGCAUUCUCUGAACCGGAAUCGCAGGCGAUGGGCAACUUUGUGAGUGCGAACAGCAAAAACCUGAAGUAUUACUUCGCUUUCCACGCAUACGGGCAAUAUAUGAUAAUACCGUAUACACAUUCUACCAAACACACGGACAAUUAUGAUGUUGUGCACAAUAUCGGCUUAACAGCAGCGCUACAGAUAGAAACGAAAUUUGGAACCCAAUAUUCAGUCGGCACGGCGUAUGAUACAGUAGGGUAUAUGACAUCUGGUGUCAGUGGAUGCUGGGUGAAAAAAUCCUUCGCAGUUCCGUAA